AUGGCUUUUUCUAACGCCUCAAGUAACCAAAAUGUUUACUCUAACUUAGCUACAGGUGUUGAGAGGACUAUCUCCAAGGAUGAGGAUGGUAAAGACACAUUGCAGACUCUGUGCGACCUCGUCGGUAUAUCGUCACAGUGCACCUCGACUGAAAAUGCCAAAGAUGACAUUAAGACUGAAAUCCAACCUGUCUACGUCGGCGAUAAUCACCACUGUGGAGUUGAAGAAUCAGCUCAGAUCACUCCGGAGAGGGUCCGAGAACUGCAAGACUUUUACAAGUACCAGACAGCCUUAGUUGAGACUGAAAGAUACCGAAGUCUCAUGCUAGGCGACGCACAUCCCCACUUAAAAGUGCUCCUUAACCAGUACUACGACCAGGAACUUGGGUUGAUAAUAAAGAGAGUAGAGGCCAGUGUCGCCUUAUUAGAAGACAGUGGCAUCGGUUCCUGUCUUAGUAGAGAAGCCCAGGUCGUGGCAAGCAACAUCAGCAGAAGACAUCUUGGCUUAAGGACCAGAUCGCUUUUGUCCAAAGCAUCUGUCCGUUUGUUGGAGCUGUGGUAUGAACAACACAUCGACCACCCUUACCCUACACCCUCUGAGACUGAAAGUUUGGCUACAGCAGGUGGUUUGACACAGGAACAAGUUAAAAAGUGGUUUGCCAACAAGAGAAAUCGAUCAGCCAAUACCAGGUCCUUAACACAAAUUGCAAGUGUUAAGAGGAAGCGGUCCAUGAUGAUGUAG